AUGAAGGGUCUCCGCACCCGUCUGACCGGGCUGGAUGAUGGCGAUUAUUCAAAUCCAGGGCCGGGACAAGGCUUCCUUCGAAUCCAUGCGGAUGAGAUUGACGAUGUUGGCACGCCGGAGCCUGGUGGGUGGACUACGCGGGAGCUGAUUAGGAUCCUGCGAGGAAUCAAGAAGUUGAACCUUGUCGGUGCGGAUAUUGUGGAGGUCUCACCUAGCUACGAUACCGCUGCGGAGACUACUGCUCUCGCGGCUGCUAGUGCUCUCCAAUCACAGAAUGUUGAAAAAAUACCGCCACUUCCACUGCAAGAAACUGUCAUAGUCGGCACGUCCGUCCAGUCACUGCUUGGUCUUUUGGGACCGAUAUGGGGCAUCGACGAGACCGACCAUGUUCAGCGGGGAUCAAACAGGGAAACAAAUCCUCCUGUAGCAUUUGGCGCCGUAUCUCACGCGCGCAAGCAGAACCCCGAAGAUCCCAAAUCUCAAUUCCGCAUGCACACCAGCCAAACGCAGAGCAGAAAACUGAACAUGCUCAUAUCUUAA